AUGCAGAAAUUUAAAACUAGUUUCAGUAAUUUAAUUUAAAUAAAAAAAUAGUAAUCAAUACGAAAAAUAGAAUGAAAUAAUUUAUUGAGUGAAAAUGUAUUAUUAAUUAAAAUUUAGGUUUAUUCAAUAGUUUAUUAUUGAAAAAUAGAGAAAGGAUGGAAACAAAAUUUUCAUAAAAUUAUAUUAAUAAUAAAUUUGAUAUACAAUAGGGGAAAUUGUAAUAACAGCAAAGAUGUAAAUUUUGAUGACGCUUUAUGUAAUUAAUUUAUAUGAUUUCAUCAAGUGCCUUGUAAAGCUGAUUUUGUUCUUCUUUUUGUCAUAUGUAGAGGGGGUUUUGGAAGAGUUUGGAAGGCUGAAAAUAAAAAAUCAAAAUAAUAGUUUGCGAUUAAAGAGAUGAAUAAAUGCAAGUAAAGAAUUAAUAAUAGAAUAUUAGGAUAAUUAAUAAGAAAAGUGUUAGUUCAGUUAUGAAUGAAAGAUAUUUAUUAAGUAAUUUAAGACAUCCGUAAGAUAAAUAAACUAAAUAGGUUUUUAGUCUUUUUAAGAUAAAGGAAAUUUAUAUUUAGCAAUCGAUUUAAUGUAAGGUGGCGAUUUGAGGUAUCAUCUAUGCAAACAAAGAAAGUUUAAUGAAAAAUAAACAAGUAUAUAUUAAUAUAAAUUUUAAAAGAAUUUUUUAUUGCAUGCUUAUUACUAGCACUAGAUUAUUUGUAUAUAAACACAGUACUACACAUAGAUAUUAAGCCAGAAAACUUAGUGUUUGAUAAAAAUGGUUUUAAAUAAUACUAAAUUAUACUAGGCUAUUUAAGAUUAACAGAUUUAGGUAUAGCCAGAAUUUGGAAGCCUGAUAAUGAAAAUGAUAAUAGUGGAACUCCUGGAUAUAUGGCUCCAGAAGUUAUGCAUAGAUAGGCUCAUGGAGUAGCUUCUGAUUAUUUUGCAGUUGGUAUUAUUGCUUUUGAAUGUAUGAUGGGAAAAGUAUAUAAUUCCUUAUUAUUUAGAGACCUUAUGUGAGAAAAACUAAAAGAAAAAUUAGAGACUAAAUAAUGGCUCAAUAAGUCUUAAUUAAAUGA